AUGGGUUGUUCUUAAAGCUUAACAGCAGAUGAUGAUCAAUCUGUGAUACUUAUAAAACCUAAAACUCUUAGAUUUAAGUCUCAUAAUUCUAAUUUGGAAUCUAUUUUAAAGAAAUAAUUUACGGACGAAAGUGGACAAGCUUUUUACAUAGUUCCAACCGAAAAAGCUUUAUUCUCAAAAGUUCCUGUUUUAAAAGGACCUGAUUCAAAUCAGAUUGUAUUGAGAAGACGAUAAUCAAAAUUAUCUGGUAGUCCUUCAAAUAUUGAGAAAACACAAACUUUGCCAAUAUAUUUUUGA